AUGACUUCAGCUUACCAAGCUGUGAAAGAUGCCUGUAUGCCUAUUAAAACUGCUGCUCGCCAGUAUGGUGUACCCCAGACUACACUACGUGACCGUGUCCUGGGUAGAAUAGAUCCAGAUACUGUAUCCUCUGGACCACAGGCUUUAUUCUCACAAGAGCAAGAGGCUUUGUUUGUUCAGCAUCUUAAAGCCAUGGCAGAAUUGGGGUAUGGGUAUUCCCGUACUGAAGUCACCUCUCAAGCCAGUAACUUUGCCUUAUUUCUUGGCUUACGGGAUAAGAAUCAUCCACUCAGUGAUAGAUGGUUCCGUGGUUUUAUGGAUAGAUGGCCUGAGAUGAAAGUUUUGAAACCAAGAGCACUUUCCAAUUACAGAGCACAGGCUUCUUCUAAGGAAGCAAUUUCUUCUUUCUUUGAUAACCUCCAGUCUGUAUUGAAGGACAAUAAUUUGAUGGACAGCCCUGAACUAAUUUAUAAUGUUGAUGAGAAGGGUGUCCAGACUGAACACAGUCCACCUUACAUUGUUUGUACGAGUAAAACAACUCCAGCAAUAACCUCUGCCCGCUCAUCCACCACUACUAUUUUAGCCUGUGGUAAUGCUAUUGGUUCUCAAAUUCCUCCCUACUUUAUUUUCAAGGGACAGAGAAUGAGGAGUGAGUUAAUGGAGGGGUCAUCACCAGGAGCACAAGGCACCGUUACAGACAGUGGCUGGUCGAAUACUGCCAUUUUUCUUGAGUAUCUGGAAACUCACUUUCUUAAAUAUGUACAGAGACCCAAUAGUGAAACACCUGUUCUACUCAUUUAUGAUGGUCAUAAGUCACAUAUAAAUCUUCAAGUUAUCAACUGGGCAAAAGAUCAUCAUGUUAUCCUCAUGGUAUUGCCAGCUCAUACAAGUCAUAUUCUACAACCUUUAGAUGUUGGAUGUUUUGGCCCUCUCCAAAGAAUAUACAAUUCUGAAUGUCAAAAAUUUUUGAGGAACAAUCCAGCAUCUAAAAUUACAAGGUACAAUAUUUGUUCCUUGGUGUGUCCAGCAUAUGCUUCAGCUCUGUCUGUUGUAAAUCUAAGGUCAUCAUUUAAACGCAGUGGUAUAUUUCCUUUUAACCCUGCUGUUAUUACAGACAGUCAACUGGCACCAUCUAAGGCCUAUUCAACACCACAGUCUGAAUCAUGCUCCUCAUCUGAUUUACCUCAGCCAGCGUGUUCUACUGAAAAUCAGAACCAAAUUUCAAAAGAACCACAUUCAUUCUUUAAAGCUGCAGAGACAGUAAUAGUAAAUAAACAAAGGUUUGAACAAAAGACAAAAAACGCUACUUUGAGUAAAAUUGUUUCUGGGAAAUCAAUUACAACUUCUGAAAUUGAAAAACAAAUUACUGAUCAUCAAAAUGAAAUGAGUUCAAAGUAUUCAAAAUCAAAAACUAAAAGGUCUGCAAGUGGCAAAGGUAAAACAAAUAAGGUACAUAAACGUCAAAAAGUGGUUGCUAGCUCUGACUCUGAAGAUUCUUCAGAUGUUUCAGAUGAUGAGAAAUGUUGUGUUUGUAAACUUUUUCAACCAAAAGAACUACAAAACUGUGUUUCUCUGGUGUUCACUUCAUGGGCUCAAUGUGACUUCCAGUCUUGCAAUCACUGGACACAUCUAAAGUACUGUUGCAAAGAGACUGUAGUGAGGACACAUGAUGUCUUCAUCUGUCCAUGCCAUAACACUGAAAAUACUGAGGUAUAA